GGUGGUCGGCGCCGGAGGGGCGGGCCUGCGAGCUGCAUUUGGCCUUUCUGAAGCAGGGUUUAACACGGCCUGCGUCACAAAGCUCUUUCCCACCAGGUCACACACCGUCGCAGCCCAGUCAUGCCCGCCUCCACCAUGGUGUGAGCUCCUUCACUGCCCUUACCCGAUGUGAACAAGUUUGUUGUGGGCUCGCUCUGUACCUGCCGGAGGAACCUCGGCAGACCUCGAGUGGUGGUGAUGAGCUCUGAUGAUGGUGUGAAGCUGCAGCACAGAAAACAGUGGCCUUUAAUGCUCUGAAUUUAGGGAGGAAGAAAAAGUAAGGUGGGAAAUUAUGUGACUUUAUUAUUUUGUUUAUUCACUCUAGGCACACUAUAGGUAGUGCCCAGCUGGUAUGCAGGUAGUAUUCUACAAUCACAUUUGACCAUCUUUUCUGGUAUUUGAACGCAUUUCCCCAUUGAGACAACAGAGGAUGUGCUGACUUUCUACGAAGCAAUAAGAGCUGCCAUCACCGUUACAUCUGGAAUAGCUAUAGUCAGGGUCCAGCCACAUUCUUUACGCACUAAACUGCCUAGAUACUUUGUUCGAAAGCUGUGCUUUUUAAACUGAAGAAUAAGUAAUAAAUACCCUUGGAUAAUUCAUUGUCUAAAAGCAAGAAUAGAUCUAAGCAGGUAAUUUUGAGCGGUAUUGCAAAAAAUGCAGUUUUCAGGUAGUGCAAUAGUAAUGCAAUAAAAAGAAUGAGAAAAGGGUAGCUUAACUUGAAUGCUGGUUCUCGAGAAAAGAAGGUUUAAUUGGGGGAAGGAUAACAGCAUUUUUGCAUGCACUGGGCCACAUGUUUUUGUAUGAUUUAUUUAUUGAGAUAUUAUUUUUUACUUACUAGAUUAGCAAAACUCCAAGUUUGACAAAACUCUGUUGGCAAGGCUAUGGGGAAACACAUUUUUUUACCUUGCUGGUGAGGAUAUAAAUUUAUAUAACCCCUUUGGAAGGCAGUUUCGUUUUUGCAUUAUUUUAAACCAGCUUUCUACAUUCUGCUGCCCUGGUACUUAACAUUUUUUAUCAGGAUUGUGUUUGGGUUUACGAUUGGAGGGGAUGGAGGAGGGAGGAAGGAACGUGGUGACUCGUGGUGCGUGUCUGUCCAGCGUUCCUUGCUCUGUGCUAGUGACUCGUUUAGUGGUAGCCAAGCAUAACGUGGGAAACUGACGCACAGCAGCCACAACUGAAGAAAUUCCAAUGAGAGUGCUGACUCAAAAGUUACGACUGAGCAACAACUGGGAGAAAGGGAGGUUAGCGUGCCUUGUGAGAAAGAUUAUCUGAAGAGAUGUGCAGUUUUAAUUUGGGGGGGUGGGCGGGUGUACGGCGAUUUCUGUGACUGAGGGGCAGGCUUGGGGCGGGGUGGGGGCUGGGGCUCUGAGCCCUCAGCAGGAAGCGCUUCUGCCUUUAGCGCCUGCACACCAGUACCAUUGGGAACGUUUGUCAUGAAGCUAUUAGAUUUGAAUCCCUUUUACAUGCCGGGCUUGGUAAGGAAGAAGCCUCAUCUGAGGAACCUCGGCCGACCCUCCAGAUGACGCCCCAAGGGGUUGGGUUCCGUGUCCCUCUCAUGGGUGAGGCGCCUGAGGCUGGGGGAUGCCGUAACUGGGCCCUGCCUCUAGGUUGCAGGGGGAGGAGAUGCGCUUCGGAGUCUGCCGGACGGUGAGAUCCCUCACUGGCCCUCUCGCGCGAGUAGCUGGCUUUUUCCGAAUCUGGCUCCGGGCAGGAGGCAGUGGGGAGGUGAGUCUGCUGUAGCUCACGGGGCUGCUGGCAUUUCAGGGGGGGAUCAACGCCGCCCUGGGGAACAUGGAGGAGGACAACUGGAGGUGGCACUUCUACGACACCGUGAAGGGCUCCGACUGGCUGGGGGACCAGGAUGCCAUCCACUACAUGACGGAGCAGGCCCCGGCCUCCGUGGUGGAGCUGGAGAAUUACGGCAUGCCGUUCAGCAGAACUGAAGAUGGGAAGAUCUACCAGCGUGCCUUUGGUGGACAGAGCCUCAAGUUCGGGAAAGGCGGGCAGGCCCAUCGGUGCUGCUGCGUGGCCGACCGCACUGGCCACUCGCUGCUGCACACUUUGUAUGGAAGGUCUCUGCGAUAUGAUACCAGCUAUUUUGUGGAGUACUUUGCCUUGGAUCUCCUGAUGGAGAACGGGGAGUGUCGAGGAGUUAUUGCUCUGUGCAUAGAAGACGGGUCCAUCCACCGCAUCAGAGCAAAGAACACUGUUGUAGCUACUGGAGGCUACGGGCGCACCUACUUCAGCUGCACAUCCGCCCACACCAGCACCGGGGACGGCACUGCCAUGAUCACCAGGGCAGGCCUUCCCUGCCAGGACCUGGAGUUUGUUCAGUUCCACCCCACAGGCAUAUACGGUGCUGGCUGUCUCAUCACGGAAGGGUGCCGUGGAGAGGGAGGCAUCCUUAUCAACAGUCAAGGCGAGAGGUUCAUGGAGCGCUAUGCUCCUGUCGCAAAGGACCUGGCAUCCAGGGACGUCGUAUCCCGCUCCAUGACCCUGGAGAUCCGUGAAGGAAGAGGCUGUGGCCCUGAGAAGGAUCACGUGUACCUGCAGCUGCACCACCUCCCCCCGGAACAGCUGGCUAUGCGCCUGCCUGGCAUCUCGGAGACAGCCAUGAUCUUCGCGGGUGUGGACGUCACCAAGGAGCCGAUCCCUGUGCUUCCCACCGUGCAUUAUAACAUGGGCGGCAUCCCCACCAACUACAAGGGGCAGGUUCUGAAGCACGUGGGCGGCCAGGACCAGGUCGUGCCCGGCCUGUACGCGUGUGGGGAGGCUGCCUGCGCGUCGGUGCACGGCGCCAACAGGCUGGGGGCGAACUCGCUCCUGGACCUGGUCGUCUUCGGCCGGGCGUGCGCGCUGAGCAUCGCGGAGUCCUGCAAGCCUGGAGAUAAAGUUCCCUUGAUUAAACCAAAUGCUGGGGAAGAAUCUGUCAUGAAUCUUGACAAAUUGAGAUUUGCCAACGGAAGCAUAAGAACAUCGGAACUACGGCUGAACAUGCAGAAGUCGAUGCAAAGUCAUGCGGCAGUGUUCCGUGUGGGAAGCGUGUUACAGGAAGGCUGUGAGAAGAUCAGCAAGCUCUAUGGCGAUCUAAAGCAUCUGAAGACGUUUGACAGGGGAAUGGUCUGGAACACUGACCUGGUGGAGACCCUGGAGCUGCAGAACCUGAUGCUUUGUGCCCUGCAGACCAUUUAUGGAGCAGAGGCCCGGAAGGAGUCUCGCGGCGCUCAUGCCAGGGAGGAUUUCAAGGAGCGGGUUGACGAGUACGAUUACUCCAAGCCCAUCCAGGGGCAGCACAAGAGGCCGUUUGAGGGGCACUGGAGGAAGCACACGCUCUCCUACGUGGACAUCAGGACUGGGAAGGUCUCCCUGGAAUACAGACCCGUAAUCGACAGAACUUUGAAUGAGGCUGACUGCGCCACUGUCCCCCCAGCCAUCCGCUCCUACUGAGGAGACCGGAGUUUACCAGCUCUUGUAAUUAUGUAUAAUAGCUCAUGCACGUGUUCACAUUGUAACUGCCUUCUUAAACUGUCCUCGAGUGACUGAGGAUGCCGCUUGACAGAGAUUCCUACCAGAGGCCGGCAGCUCGCCAGUCAUCAACAGCCAGGAAGUGUUCAGCUUGCCUUUGUCCCUGCUUCAUUCUUGAGAGAUAAUAAAACUGGGCGCAAUUCUUAGAUGAAACAUAAGUUACAAACUUGCGUUGAUUUCCAAGUUCCUUUAAAAUCUUACUGUUUGACCUGAGGCAUAUUUGUUGACCUGAAACAUAAAACGUGACUAUCUUUUUAUUGUGUUGCAUCAGAAUCCAGAAAUUUUGCUGCAGUGUGUGUUUAAGAGAAAAUGCAUUUGGUGCCUGACAGCAAAUGAAGAAAACAGACGUUUCCUCCUA